GUCUGUACGGCCGGUAAUUCACUAUUGUGUCCUGCGCGUGCAGUUAUUUUCCACGCGCCCUUGUUUUUCGGUUAUAUCCACAGGUCUGUGUUAAAAUUCAGCAGCACAGGAAAACACUAUUGAGAAACCACCAAAGCUCAAAAGAUUUAAAUAAAGCUUAAGUGAACCAUUUACCUUAGUAGUAGUAUCAUUGACCUGGGCUAUGAUAAACAAAUGCGCUGCACAUAAGGUGGGUUGCGCAUGGUCACCACACAGUCUGGGUGAGAGAGCCUAGCUACAAGCAUAACUCCAGUGUCCCCCAACAUUUCUUCUAUUUUGGCUAGCAUCCCCUUUUUCUAUUCCGUUUCAACUGUGACAGUCGGAGUGUCAUCUUCUCGAUCUGGGUAAUCCCUAUAACAUUUUCAGUUCUUAUGUGGAAACAUUUGGGGAACCACCGAACCGACCGGCUUCCUUUUCUACGCUGCCUGGGUAAGUGGUCUUUCAAAAGCUUUCCGAUUAUCAGUAUCCGCCCGUUUUUUACUGACGGCCAACAAACCAGUUGUAACAAUGUUACACUUUUAUGUCGCUGCUUUUCUGUAGAGUCGCCAAAACGUCUCUGUAAUUCAAGCGACAAUGGACAUUUUAACUGAAAUCAUUUUGGAUUAGGAUAUCCAGGAGAAUUUGGAUUAACAGGUUUUCAUAGCCUACCUUUUAAAUUGGGUGAAGUCCAAAGGUGAAGAAUGACAGAGUACAAGCUGGUGGUGGUGGGGGCAGGAGGUGUCGGGAAGAGCGCUCUGACAAUACAACUCAUCCAGAACCACUUUGUCGACGAGUAUGACCCCACGAUCGAGGACUCCUAUAGGAAGCAGGUGGUGAUCGAUGGGGAGACAUGUCUGCUGGACAUCUUGGACACGGCGGGCCAGGAGGAGUACAGCGCCAUGAGGGACCAGUACAUGAGGACCGGGGAGGGCUUCCUCUGCGUCUUCGCCAUCAACAACAGCAAGUCCUUUGAGGACAUCCACCACUACAGGGAACAGAUCAAGCGGGUAAAGGACUCUGAGGACGUGCCUAUGGUCCUGGUGGGCAACAAGUGUGAUCUGCCAUCACGGACAGUCGACUCCAAACAGGCGCUGGACCUGGCCUGGAGCUACCGCAUCCCCUUUAUAGAAACCUCGGCCAAGACCAGACAGGGUGUCGACGAUGCCUUCUAUACGCUGGUGCGAGAAAUCCGGAAGCACAAGGAGAAGAUGAGCAAAGAGGGCAAGAAGAAAAAGAAGUCGAAGAACAAGUGCAUCAUCAUGUGAAGAAAUGACGACGACAUAUUUAACUUCAAAAGAGAACCACAAUACCAUGCACAAACACUCUGCAACAUGCCUUCUGCAGCGCUGACAGACGACAACAAACGGAUGCAAUUGUUUAUUCUUGCUUAAAAAUGCCAUACUUGAUUUUUUAAAUAAGUGUGGUAUUACUGAGCAUCACCAAAACAAACUCAACCAUUGAACACGAAGCACUCUGGCAAACUGCUGCAUCAUUUCGACUGUUGUUGUUGCUGUGCUACCUGUUGGGAGGUAGAAUUCAGUUUGCUGAAGUAGUCUUCAGAAGAGGCACGCUCCAGAAAUAUGACAAAACACAUCCUUGGGCGAGCACAAGAACUGAAGUGACGCCCUCAGGCUUUUUUCAGAUGUGUGUCUCCACUGUGCUUCUUGUGUGGAAUGGCGUCUUUUUCCCCCCUCUCAGCAGCAUCCAUGUCUUCACGAGGAGGGUUUUCAUUGUCAAUGUCUUCUCAAACACUAUCUCUCCUCGCUGGAGGUAAGGAAUAUGCUAUACUAGGCUAUUUAACAUUGACUGAUAUGCAAUUACUGUGCUCUACUACCAAGAACAUUACGGAGGGCUGCUGGAAUUGGACAAUGUGUGGAAUUCCUGCACCAUUCUGUGGUCAUGACACAUUAAACCACUGGACAGUGAAUUUGAAAGGACUGCGCCAGCAUGCGGUUGUGUGUUGUCCAGUAAUUUACGGUCGUUUUGUUUUGGUUGACAACAUAGCGACAUGCUAAGAUCCCUUUACGUCGAGGACUUAAACAACACUGAGACUUUCACAAUGACAAUAUUUUGGUUCUUUUGCAACACUUCUGUUGCUCACCUGCCAUGAGCAAAAAAACACAGAGACUUGCUGAGUUCUUUUCAUUUUUUGCUAUUUGAUUUGGGUAACCAUGCACAAGCCUUUAGAUGUCACAGAGGAUAUUUUCUCUGGGCCAUGCCUAACUAACAAUUUUGUAUAAAAAAAAUGUCGCCACUAAAAGGCCAUGCUAUAGGUUACAUUACAUGCAAAAUGACACGUCAAUGACAAUGACAUGCCAGCCAAAUGGUAUAUGAAAUGUUAGUAUCACAUCCUACAAUGAUAACCAAUGACAACCUUCCUGAGUUUUUUGAGUUGUUUACAAUUUGAGUGUAACCCUGAUUUUUUUGCCCUCUCCAAAGUAAGAGUGUUGUCAAACCCAGCAGCACAUUACUGUAUGAAACUACUAAUGUACAUAAUUCUCUUAAGUGUGGUUUACAGGUUGCCAUAUUUUUUAAUCCUUUCCUGAAAAUGUUUUCUUCUGAAAAUCAAAACAAAGCAAAACAAAACACUUGUACUUGUGCUGUCUUAGUCACCCACAGUUAAAAGUGUGAAUGUUCAGGGACUGGAGAACCUGAGUGUUUUUUGUUCUGUCUUUUAACCCGUCAUCUCUUUUAGGCUGUCCUCGCGUGUUGUGAUAGAAACAUUGCCAUUUCUGUAUUGUUUGUAACACUCCUAUCUAGUAAUAAAACUUCAUCGGUCGGUUA